AGGUGCUGACGUCAUGAAUGCGAGAGGAUAAUGUCCGUGCUUAGAGCGUGGAGGGUCGAAACGACUAGCGUAAUCUCCCACGAGUCUCGGCGGUCGUCUCUUGGACAAUUUCCAACGGUAAAAUGCUGCAUUCUUGCUCGAGACGGCUUUCGAAAGAUGUUGCCCAAGGUGGAACUAGAACUAAAACAGCGCAGUGAUCAGAGGAGAGAUCUAUGUGGAGCGAAGCCCACCAGGCAGAAUGCAAAGGUGGAGCUGGAACUGAAGAAGCCGCGCGAGAAGGAAGUCAAUCUGAUCUUCACGGACUCGUGGCGUGUAUAUAACGACUGCGACAUGUCUUCCGUUGUUCGUAGAUGUGAAGAAGGAAAAGAGAUGCUAGUUUACCGCGGAAAACGUUCUGAUGGAAGCACCAUGUCGAGUGAUUCAAGCAGCAUCGCACGCAGUGAUGACAAUGAGAGAUCAGAAUCGACUUUAUCUGACUUCUUCUCUGGAUCCGAUCAAGUGUUCAAUUUAGUUGAAGAGGAAAGUGAUCGUGAUGUGAGCAGCCCACCAAAUGAUCCAUCUCAAGAAUCCUUGCUUCCCGCGGAACUGGCUGCGGCACCUAAUGCCUGCUCAUCUCCAAAACAGAAUCGCUAUUGCUGGUAUUGCUACGAAACUUAUAAGGCUAUGUGUGUUGCACAAGGAAAAACUCCUCCAGGAGUUUAUAGUCGCGGUCUGUGGCGUGGUCACUGUAUGAGGGAUGCGAAUGGCAUGACGACAUGCCCCCACUUGUGGUUCACGACAUGCACGCAUUGUGGAGCUACAGCAAGCUCGGCGCAUAGUCCGGACUUCUGCCCAGUGGUGGAAUUUGCAAGUCUCAACGUCCGCGACCAGUAAGAUCUUGGCAACGCCAUCAGAAUAAUUUCACAAUCAGACUACUUGCUAUCACGGUCAUGCGAAAUUUCACUUGAACCUUACUAAUUUGUGCACUUUUGUGCUGUUUCAUUCAUAACUACCAAAAGCUGGUUUCACCAGGAUUUGCCAGUCUUGAUCUUUUUCGUAAUAAAGGAU